AUUUCAGGUGAUGCUUCUUGCGUGACGUACAAUCUAGUGGACGGGCGGGAGGCUUCUUCAACAACGACAAAAGGCUUCUUUUUCCACCAACGUGGUGGUUUGCUAGCGAACAUUAAACCGAAACAUUGAAGCGUUUAAGACAAAUCUUGUGUAUAUUACUCUUUGUGUUUUAAACACAAUUCUGUGUACAUAUCUACUCGUUCAUUGAAACGUAGAUUGCUUGUUAAAUUAGCUAAUGUGGUACAUUUAUAUUGCACUAGGCUAAUCGCCCGGAACAUGAGCUCACUAAUCUCGACGGAGAAAGAAGCUCUGGUGAAAGGAGAGGAAGAAGCUUUCAGGAUGAAAAGGGAGGAAGAGGAGGCUAUCACGUUGAAAGAAGAAGAGGAUGAUAUUACAGUGAAAGAGGAAUAUGGGAAAGAGGUUGUGGAAGAGGAGGUGGUAGAAGCUUUCAGAAUCAAAAAGGAGGAAGAUGCCGUAAUUUUGAAAGAAGAGGAAGAACCGUUUGGAGUAAAAGAGGAAGAGGAGGCUAUCUCAAUUAAAGUGGAGGAGGAAGACGUUUUGGGAGUGAAAAAUGAUGAGGCUGAAGAUUCGAGUAAGACCAGAGAGAGACAUGACUUUCGUGGAUCCUCUGGGAAGCCUCAACAACAUGCUGAUGCUGACGAGGCAGAGGAGAGUCUCUCCAGAUCUGAACACCAGACGGACAACGCUAGCCCUCCCUCCCUCCCGGAGUCCCCGUGGCAUGCCUCUCCCGGUAGCACCUUACUGCUGGGUAUGAAGAGGUUGUCUGUGCUGCUGGUGGACUGCAGGAAAACAACGGGGCUGAGUGGAACUGUGAGAGGAGGAGAAGAGAAGAAAGGAUCAGAUUUGACUCAUCAAAGAGAUAGACCAGACUCAGAGGAACCAGAGCCAGGGACGUCCAAACCAACAAGACGACACUUGUGUUCCCACUGUGGAAAGGGUUGUAACCUCUUGUGGGAGCUGAAACAACAUGAGAGAAUACACACAGGGGAGAAGCCUUUCCACUGCUCCCAGUGUGGAAAAAGUUUUGGCCAUAAAGGAACCCUUAACAAACACGAGAGAAUACACACAGGGGAGAAGCCUCACCACUGCUUCCAGUGUGGAAAGUGUUUUAACCUGUUAGGGUCUCUGAAACGACAUGAGAGAUUACACACAGGGCAGAAGCCUUACCACUGUUCCCAAUGUGGAAAGGGUUGUAACCUCCUAUGGGAGCUGAAACAACACGAGAGAACACACACAGGGGAGAAGCCUUACCACUGCUCGCAGUGUGGAAAGAGUUUUAACCAGAAAGGACACAUGAAAGCCCAUGAGAGAAUACACACAGGGGAGAAGCCUUACCACUGCUCCCAGUGUGGAAAGAGUUUUAGCCGGUUAAGGAACCUGAAAGUUCAUGAGAUAAUACACACAGGGGAGAAGCCUUACCAGUGCUCCCAGUGUGGCAAGUGUUUUAACCAGUUAGGAGCCAUGAAACAACACGAGAGAAUACACACAGGGGAGAAGCCUUACUACUGCUCCCAGUGUGGGAAGCGUUUCAACUGGUCAGGGGAUCUGAAAAAACAUGAGAGAUUACACACAGGGGAGAAGCUUUACCACUGUUCCCAAUGUGGAAAGGGUUGUAACUCUUUAUGGGAUCUGAAACAACAUGAGAGAACACACACAGGGGAGAAGCCUUACCACUGCUCACAGUGUGGAAAGAGUUUUAAACUGAAAGGACACCUGAAAGCUCACCAGAAAAUUCACACAGGGGAGAAGCCUUACCACUGCUCCCUGUGUGGAAAGUGUUUCAGCCGGUCAGGUGAUCUGAAGAAACAUGAGAGAACACACACAGGGGAGAAGCCUAACCACUCCUCACAGGGUGCAAAGCUUUUGCCCAUUGAGGAAGCAUGAAAGAACACAUGAGACUGCACACAGAGGAGAAGGCUUACAAAAGCUCAGACUGUGGGAAAACAUAUUACUCAUAACAUAUUACACUUAAAUAUCAUUAGAGAAUCCACACAGGAGAGAGAAAUUACUUAUCUUAGCGUGUAUAUUGAUAUUUCACAUCACAUUGACUUAACAUUCAUCAGAGAACAUACACAGUGCUCCCAUUGUCUUAUAUUGUUGACUGAUAAUGUGUUGACCUUUUUUUACCAUAUUAAAUGGCUUCUUCCAAUUAUUGAUAAACAUGUACCUGUUAAGAAACUGACUGUUAGAACUGUUCAGGCUCCAUGGAUUGAUGAGGAAUUUAAAAAUUGUAUGUUUGAAAGAGUUGGGGCAAAAGGAGUGGCUAAUAAGUCAGGCUACACACCUGGCUGGCUGACUUACUGCAAAUUGAGAAAUGAUGUGACCAAACUCAACACAAAAAUAAUAAACUUUAUUAUGAAGCCAAGAUCGAUGAUAUAAUUUUUUUUGAAGUACUUUAAAUGAAAUUAUGGGCAGAAAGACAAAUUCAACUUUCAGCAGCAGCAACAGUUAGUCAGACACCUCGGUAGCUUGCUAGACAAAAUAGACGAACCAAUAAAGCUCUUUAGACGCUUUAGUGUAUAUUAGCCGCUGUGUUUUAAACACACUUCUGUCGUCUAGUUAGUUAUCCGCUUUAAUUUAAUAUUUGCGGUGUUGUUGUUAUUAGUCAGCUAGCGGGCUGGUUGAGUUAGCAUUAGCAUAGCUAGCUAACAUCCACGACCAUGCGUUCACUAAGCUACUCUCCUCCUGCUAAAGAAGAGGAGGUCUGCUGGACGGAGAA